UAAGGAAUACGUGAUGUUGAAGAAUUCUACACGUUAUAAAAACUGAGUUAUAUGAAAAAUCUAAAAACUCGUGUUCCAAAGAGAACACAUGAAAAUCGUGUUCUACAAAAGAGGUCAAAAAACGUUCGAUCGAUGUCCUCUAAUGAACGAUUUUUCAAAAAUGGAAAGAAAACUCAUACAGUUAAAUCACCCGAGCCUGCGUCACAUUGUGAAUCUUUUAAAAAAACACCUCCCUUAGAGUCUAAUGCGUCAAGUUUUCAUAUGGUGAUUAUACGAAACAUUCCUUUUAAUGCGGAAAAAACUGAUAUUGAAGAAUUCUUGAGUAGCGUUAUGCAACCAACCAGGGUUAUUGUGAUUAAGGACAAGCAAGGAAAUUCGCGUGGCUUUGCAUUCGCUUAUUUUAAUAAAGGUGAAUAUGCUCAAGCUAUUAUUGAUAACUUCAACAAUUCAAAUUACGAUGGUAGAACCAUUAUAGUCGAAAAGUGCUAUGAUAAGGGUGAAAUUCGGUCGAAUUUACAAUCGCAGAUUUUAAGGAAAGUCACCUUAUGUUCAGAAGAAAGUCAAUUGAAUAAAGAAAGGUGUCUUUCUGUGUCCAUCCAUCCAGUGUUUGAUGUGGAGCCUUUGAUUUUGGGGCGAAUUAUUUCUUGUUUGAUUCCUAAGUCAAUGCAUUUUGUUAAAAUAUUUUCUUCCAAAAAAACCGGACCAUGGUUGUUACAAUUCAAUCAACCAAUUGAGGCGUUAAGCAUUGCUACAAAAUACUCCAGUUUAAAGGUUCCAUGUAGUUAUAUAGACUCAAUAUUACCAUUAAGUAUUAAGAAAAGUCAUUUAAAAAGUAUUGAAUUCAAUUUUUUUUGUUUUGUUAAGAGUAAUAAUAACACAAAACAGCAAGAAUCGUUAGAAAGCAAUUCACUCAUCAUUCGCAACAUUAGUUUUGAUGCGAAUCAGGAAGAUGUGUUUAAUUUAGUAAAGAAAUAUGGUGUAAUACAGAAAUUCCGAUUACCACAGUGUAAAAAUUCAAAACUCAAAAAAAUUCAUACAGGUUACGCUUUUGUUAUUUAUAAAAAUAAUGAAAAUGCUUAUACUGCCAAAAAAGAAUUAAACGAUUUAUUAUUUUAUAAGAGAAAGUUAGAGGUUUCUUUUAGUAUGGAUAAAACAAUGUACGAAAAUUUAAAUCAGGAUUUAAUUUCUCUACCACGACCUAACAUGGGUCGUUUAAAGCUUGAAUUUGGUGGAACAGCAUUAAAAAAAGAAGAAAGUUUUAGUAGCGAUGAUGUUGAUGAUGUUUUGGAAGAAGAGCCAGUAGCUGAAGAUUUUGUAAAAGAAACGCAAGCUGCUAAAAAAGCUGCUUUAUUAGUGGUAGAAAAUAUAGGUGAUAAAACGAUUUCAUUUCAAGCAAAUAAAACCAUUGAACAAUGUGAGAAAAUAAAAGAAAAAUCGGUAAAACUUGCAGUUAAAAAAGAACCCGAGUCUUUAAAACGCGAAACACAUAAAGGUUCAGAAAAAGAGAAUUUUAAAAGCGAUGUUGAAGAAGGCAAAACACUUCAUGUUCGAGGUUUAUCUUUAUUAGUCGGGAAAGACGAACUCGCCCAAUAUUUAAAACCAUUUGGUGAAAUUAUUUAUGUGCGUAUUGUAAAAAAGAAUACAGAGCAAAGCAAACCUACAGCUUUUGUUAAAUUUCGUUCAAAAGAGUCAGUAGACAAAAUUUUAUUAUUACAGGAAGAAGCUAUGCGAAAAGAAAGUACAACAAACUCUAUUCAAAAACGGUUAAAAAUAAAAAUAUCUGAAUCAAGUUUACCCUUAGAAGGAUUAGGAUUUGUUUUAAACGAAAGCCGAUUAAUCUUUACGCGAGCAAUGAAGAAAGAGGAUAUUGCAGAUGUCAAGAAAAAACAAGACAAAAAGGCGAAAAUAGAAAAAAAUGGUAUUUUAGCUGAUAUUGGAUAUUUAGAUACAUCAACAUUGGAACAAAUGGGAACACCCAAAGCGGAUAUAAAACGCCGUUUACAAGCAAAAAAAGAGAAUAAUAUCAAAUUAAAUAAUCCGAAUAGUAUUGUAAAUCCUUUACGUUUAUGUAUAAGGAAUUUACAACCUUACAUUAAAAAGCCGGAAUUAGAAACAAUUAUAAAAAACUAUUUAAAGGAAGAUCCUCAAUGUCAUCCUUAUAUUUUACCAGAAGAAAAAAAAAAUACUGUUUCGAGUAGUUUACUUCGUCGGUGUAUAGAAAAAGCUGUUCAGCAUGUUUCUAUAUGUUAUGAUAAAGACAAGUCAAAAAUUGCUUUGCGCCGUUCUCGAGGAUUCGCGUUUGCGACAUUUUCAAAACAUGAGCUUGCGUUAAAAGUUUUACAUUAUCUUAACAACAAUCCUUCCGUUUUCGGACCAAAACGACGCCCAAUCGUUACCUUUGCUAUUGAGGAUAAACGAGCUUUGAGACAUCAUGAGCUACUAAAAGAGAAAAGAUUAGGUGAGAGUCAAAACAUGGAACGAAAAAGAAAACAUCGAUCAUAUAGUCGAGGUUCAAGACAACGUGAAAAAAAAAGACAAAAGAGAUUACAAGAAAACAUAUGAAUUAAAAAGUAAAAUUGUUUUUUCUGAAAGUGUGCGCUUUCUGGCAUUGAAACACUAUGUAGUGUGCCUAGUGAAGGUUCUGUGACAUAUUAUUAUCCUUUAGCUUAAACGUGUUUUAAAUAACUAAACGGUCACUCAAACUUUUUUUUCUUGAGUAUUAUCUGCAACAGAUAUAUUAAACACAUUCUUUUGAAUUGAACGAUAUUUUUUCAUUGGUUGGCAUAAUUUUCAGUAGAGUGAAUUGCACAUAUUUGUAUUGAAACCGUUGUGUGUCUUUUUUCGCCAUAAACCUUUAGAGAAACACAACUCAUGGAAACUGUGUUAUAAAAUGGUUUUCGAUUCAUCCCCAUCUAAAAGUUUCAUUGAAACACAGAAAAAAUUAAGAAAAAAGAA